AUGGCCUCAGCGGCCGCCUUUUGGGAGUACUUGCGCAUUAAGGGGUUGUCAGAUGUAGCUCCGGCAUGUGUGCGGGCAGAGGCCCUUAGUAUCGAUGCUGUGAGGGAGAGAUCGCACUUCCUGGAGCGGGAGGGCGUGCAAAGAUGGCAGCUCGAGUUGCUGCUUGCGGCUCCCACCUCCGGGGGUUCCCAGUUGGCCUUGCCUAGGCAGAGGGAGGAUCUGCCUCCUAUCCGUAAACGGAAACGAGCAUCGUUUCAGGAUGCCAUCGCUGCGGCAGCGCCUGCAGAGAGAGCCCAAGCAUUGCAGGAGCUUGAUGAUGAGAUUUUGGCCAAGACCACAGUCGGCCCGAUGGAGAGCAGGCUGUUGGUGUGGCGCAGGCUGUGUGAAGCCUGGGAGGUCCCCAGUUUUCCUCUGGACGAGAAGAACAUAAGGGCCAUUGGUGCUUCGCUGAAGCGGGGGCGGUAUCGUAGUGCUGCCCAGUAUUAUUCAGCGGCCAUUUCGUUUCAGGCUAGGCGAUUACACAUGCCGGUUCAGCCGUUCGCCAGGGCCAUGAUCAAGGACUGCAUCAGAUCGAUCAAGCGGGGAUUCUUUCAGCUUGUAGCGCUGGCUCCUUUUGUUCUUGAAGGGUCCGAGUACGAGGCCUUCUCUUGGGCCUCCCUUCCUGCAGCGAUUGACGCAUUGAUAGUGGCCAGUUACUGGUGCCUUCGUGAAAUUGAAAUGGCGGGGGCGGAUGGGUCCCAUUUGUACUUCCGAGAUGGCAUGGUUCAUUUGCUUCUCCCUGUACAUAAGACUGCCACGCAGGGUUCCUUGACGGAGAGGAGUCCGGGGUGCGGUUGCGCAGUUCGGCGCCAACCGCUAUGCCCGUAUCACGCUGCACAGCGGCACCUCCAACGAUUGAAGAUAUUGCAGGGAUCCUUGAAUCUCAAUUCGAUCCCCCUCUUCCCCAGUGACUCCGGCAAGGUGCUGCCCAAGGAUCACGUGGUGCAGUUCAUCAGGCGGACUUUGCAAGCAGCGGGGAUUACCACAACUCGUCAGGACGAGGUCGGACAACAAGUCGAACGAUUCGGUGGCCACGUCCUCAGGGUCACUGGCACACAGCAUCUGUACCUUUUGGGCCUCAGAUGGGAUUUAGUACAGCUACACGGGACAUGGUCAUCUGAUGCCAUCCAAAGAUAUCUUCAGGCCGCUCUUCUGCUGCAGGUGCCAGGGGUCGUCGCUCAGGCAUUGUCGGCAGGGCCACAGCAGAUGACCACAGCUGCUACCAGCCCGGUGACAGGGCUAGAGGGCCUGGGGGCACAGGGCGGGCAGGCUUCAGUGAACCCUGCUGUGGAUUCGUGUGCUCCACCUAUCGCUGAUUCUCCUUUGGCUGGGGGGAGCUCCCCUCGAGACGUGGCUGCUUUGCGGGUCCAGUUUAGAUCGCUGACGGAAGGAGCCGAAGAAACUGAGACACUCAUUCCGGCUACGGGCUGUGGCAUUCUCUACGGAAAUGCUCGAUUUUUCCGCACGCGUGCGGAUCGCCCAGAAUGGGCCAAGUGCAAGCGUUGUUUUCCUCCGGAUAGUGUGCCUGUGGAGGGCGCAUUGGACGGCUCAGAGUCCGAGGGGGCCGACCCGAGCUCCCUCGAUUCCUCUUCGUCUUCGCGUAGACUCAUAGUUGAGAGACAGUUGGGCUUCCGGGGUUCCUUUGGAGGUUGGGGGACUUGUGCUGCUAGCCAGCUGUCGAUUGCCAGGACCUUGGACUCCCGAUUGCAUCUCAUUUUCGAGCGGGCCAUUUUGCGGGCAGCGUGGACCAUGCUGUGGAGGCAGGAUGAGCCUGUCAUGCACAUGUGGUGCUUUUUGAAAUUUGGCCGGGACGGUUGGCUCCCGGCAGGCCCGGUGCGAGGGCGUCUCGACUUUGGGACAUCGGGCCGGACUUUAGCAGCUCUGGCUCCAGAUGACUCGAAAUUCAGAGAGAUUUUCGUGGACCCCCUACUCAGUGGUUUCAAGUUCACAGGUGGCACCUUGCAGGUGAGCGAGCCGGACAAACCUAUAGCUGCCGCGGUCAUGUUGUACAUGAGACAGCUGGCGAUCAAGGAGCAGUCGACGGCGCCAUCAGCACCAGCCGGUGCAACGAGGCUAGCCGGCACCCCGACACCGAAGUCACCAUCAGCUACGCCUUCCGAUGAUAAGGUUCCCCGGACUCUGCCACCGGGGGUGUGGGCUGACAAGAUCAAGAGAUACGAGGCGAUCACGAUCAACGGCCGGAGCCGGUCUUUUCCACAGAAGGCGCUUCUGGGAGAUGAGGCUUCAUUGGCCAAACUUUGGCAUCAGCUUAUGGUGAGCAGAGCCUUCUCUCCAUUGCCAUUGGGCGAGCUGAUGAGCAGGAGGAGUUUCGACGCUACGGGGGGCGUCAAUGCCCUCUCCAAGCGCAAGGCCAAGAAUGAGCUUGUCGUUGACGUGGACCGGUUGGUGGCCGAGGAGCAGGACGAGAGCUGGGAGGUCUAUGUUGGCCGUGCAGGACGCCCUCAAUGCACUAAGAUGGGCCUACGUGCUGUUGGACUCUUCGACAUCCUCAUCCAGCGAGCUCGGCAGCGGCCCCAGCAGUUGGAGAACUUCCGGGCCUACUACGAGUCGACCUUGUGGCAGUUGUGCACGGAGCUUCGCAGCGGGCGAACGUUUGCCGAGGCGGUGGCUGUUGUGAGAGAUGAUGUGCACCUUUAUCAGGAGGUCAUGGCCAAGACGUCUUCAUCCCCUUCCAAGGCCGGGUUGGACAAGAAACGGAAGCAUGAGGAGUCCCCGAACAAGCCGGACAACAAGCGUCAGCAGGCGGACAAGUGGCGCCAGCAGGGGGACCAGUCGGGCAAGUGGCAGCAGCAGCGCUGGCGCCCUCCACCGGUCAGGCUUGCACCCACUCCGAAGUACAAGGUGACGCCGGCGAUGACACCACAGGAGCCGGCAUCCUCGUCGUGGCAGGGCUCAGUGGAUGCUCCGACUUCAGGGGGAUCCUCGAGGAUGACACGACGCUCAUCACCUACGGUGGGCCACUCCGACGAUGUGGCCAAGCCGCCACCACCAUCUGCUUUGAUCCCCAAGGAGCCGCCGUUCCCUCCGCCACCACCUGGCAUUCGGGCGCCGCCCCCACCUCCUCCUGAGGACGGGACGAUCGAGAUCAUUCACCUCGACUUUUUCUCGGGCAUCGGCACAGCUUCCAUUGCGUUGCAGCGCCUCAUGAAGCCGAUCAGGUGUACUUUUCAGUGGGAGAUUGAUGAGGCGGUCAUCAGAGUAGCCAAGCGGGCCACUCGGAAACUGGUCGUGUCGCACCGGGGCAACAUCAAGGAUGACGACCCAGCGGCAGUGGCCAAGGCAGUCUUGGCGGUCAGGGGCGGUGAGAAUGACAUCAUUUUGAUCACGGCAGCCGCUCCGUGCCCCGACUUCAGCCGGCUACGAGCUGAUCCACAGGGCCGAGAGGGCCCCUCGGGUCAGCUUUAUGUGCAUUUUACGGAAUUCCUGAAGAAGCUGGUGCAUCUGCUGCCCGGGCGCAGGGCUUGCCUGGUUUCGGAGAAUGUGGUGAUGCAGGCGGGGGGCGAUAUUCAGUUCUUCAGUAAGGAGCUCAAGGCAGAGGCUGUGAUGAUUGACGCAGCUGACUUCAAGCUGGUCAGUCGCCCCAGGCUUUGGUGGACUUGGGUGUCAUGGCAGGAGGUCAAGCGUUAUCCGGGCACGACAGAGCCGCUGCCCAAGCUUAAGGUGCCAGCGGAUUCUGCACGGGACGUGCAGCCCCAGGGAUUGCGGUUCCAUCAGUCGGUCCUUGAUGGGACCCAUAUUCUGCCCUGCCUCACGACUCCUGCGCUGACGGAGGCAGGGCGUGAGCCUCCAAAGAAGAUGAAGUCCAAGAUCGACAGCGCCACACGACAGCGGUGGCUGGAGGGGCACCGACAAUGGGGCCCAUGGAACUACGAGCCACAGAACAUGCUCACGGAUAGUCGCGAUUGCUAUCACCUUCUACCGGCGGAGACCAAGGAAGGUUUGCAUCAUCUGGAUAUCGGGAUCACGGUGUCCCCUCACAUCACCGAGAAAGACCGACACCGUCUACUCGGUAACAGUUGGCAUGCCGGUGUAGCCCAGCAUGCAAUCGAUUUUGCAUUGCGUUAUGGUGUCAUCCAGCUUCCGGGUCCCUUCGGUGCGCGAGGGGCCGACACGUCCCAGUGGAGGGACCUUUCGUCGGCGGCAAAGAGUGCCGCGGCUGAGCCGUUGUCCAUGCGGAGGGCGCCAGAAAUGAAUGUACAUGCGCAUAUGGUGCCGGUUGAGAGCAUGUGGGAACAUUCGUUUGAGUCCUUUCGAGCGGUGCACCCCAUUCUGAUUGCACCCCAACUGGACCGAGGUCUGGAAAUCACCAUUGCCCGGCUAGUAGACAUGGGCCCGGAAAGGUUUUUAACAUUUCGGGAUCGGGUUUUGGCUGACGUUCGCAACCUUCGAGAUUCCAUGCACGAGGAGACAUUGCAGUGGCAUGCCGGGCUUCCGCAACAUACUCGUCGAGCCUACACUUUGCCUGACGGUUACAUUGUUCAGAUCCCUCCGUUUAUCGCAUUGCUCCGAGGUUGUGGCUACAAGGACUGCGAAUCCCUGGAAGAGGCCUUGACUGUUGGUUUCCCAGUUACGGGCCGCUUGGAGCGGUCUCCGGGAUGGCGCAUGAGGCUGGAUGAUCGUUACUCUGCCCCCAUUUGUGACUCUGCAUUUAAAUCUUUGAAUCACGGAUAUGUGGUGGAUAAGCUACAACGGGGGCGAGUUGACCCAGCGUGGCACACCCUGUUACAGGAAGUGUUGCAGGAAGUUCAUCUGGGUCGCAUGCGAGGGCCCUUUCAGGCACCGUCUCAUUGGCCGAGGCGCUGCGUUUCAGUACACUCUCACUCCGGCUUUGAACAUUGCAUUCCUUUGGAGGCGCAUGACAUAAGGGUUGCCGGGGCCUUUUCGGUAACUCAGACAGGCAGUGAUGGUCAGAAGAAGGUUCGACGGUGUGAAGAUUACCGUCGGAGCUUUCACAACUCCACUAUCUUGGCUGAGGACGUGCCGGCACAUGAUACCAUUCAGACUUAUGUCGGAGUACUGCAGGCUUUGCACAACAAGGGUCUGUGGGCAGCUUAUCGACAGUUUCCGCUCAGGAAUCCCAACGAGGCCUUUACACUUUUGGCACUUUUGGCUACGCCCACUGGUCCGACGCUCUGGAAUCAUUCGGUUUUGCCUUUCGGGGCAACUUCAUCAGUUUGGUGUUUCAACGGCUGUGUCGAUGCUUUGGGAUUUCUGGCGCGGUGCAUAUUGUUGAUUUUAAUCAUUCACUACGUGGAUGAUGUUGGAGGACCUGAUGCGGCCUUCAGUGCACAAUCCAGCUUUCGGGUCGUUCAGGCUUUGCAACAGGCCUUAGCAGAGGAUUCACUUGAGCCUGACGUGGCUCAGAAACUGGCAGGGAAAUUGAAUUUCCUGCAGUCGACGCUGUUCGGGCAGGCCGGGGCAGCAGCGCUCCGCCCCCUUUAUGCAAGGGGUCACGAGACGAAGCACGACGCCAGCUGCGGUCUCAAGGGAGCCUUGCGAUGCUCCAUGAAGUUCUUGAUUCGGCUUCUCACUAAUUUUACCCCACGAUGGUUUCCGUUUAACCAUGCUUCCAUUGAAAAGGCGGUCGUGUAUGCUGACGCAUUUUUCCAGUUGGGCGAUGCGAAAUAUGGCCUUUCAGAUGAGCCUCCCACGACUUGGCACUCCCGGUCAUCUUGCAUGUGCCACAGCGGCUGGGGUUUCAUUGUUCGUACAACUUCAGGCGUACGCUAUGGUUUUGGUUCGGUGCCCGCUGAGGUGUUAUCUUUCUUCACUUCACGUAAGGCAUUUAUUUAUGCUUUGGAAAUCAUGGCACAGAUCGUGGCAGCUGUAUCGUGCCAUGAGAUUCUCUGCCCAUAUUGGCUGGGCUUUUGCGACAAUUCUGCGGGGAAGGCGGCUUUGGCUGGCUUUGGCUAG